AUGCACAAGUGGAUCUACCAGAUUGAAGAGGUUAGGCAGGCCAUUUUCGUAGGAUUCUUCGGGCCUAUCGGCGUUUCUGCCGUCUUCUACCUGUUUGUGAGCUUGGAGUUUAUCGAGGAACAUCUGAGCAACGAGAAUGGGGUUCCUCGAAGCGACGUCGAGGAACUUGGUGAAACAAUUCGGGUUGUCGUUUGGUUCCUCGUAGUCUGCAGCGUUGCGUCUAAUGCUACAUAA